CCCAAUUAUUAUUCAUUCCAUCGAUUCAGCCAAACGCGCAAUCAGUCUCCGACACUUGCCGGAUUACGCAGAACCACCACCGUCCAAGAAAACCUCCCUCCGUCUUGCCUUCAGAUCUACGCAACCCAACUUCAAAACCCUUUCUUCUUGGAGGGGAUCCAAACCGUUGUUCCAACAAAAUGGAUUCUUCAGAGCAACGCCGCAAGCGAAAACGUCUUCUCCGGCUAUCGACGCCGUCGUCUUCUUCUUCUCCACUCCUCCAUUUCCUCUCCCUAAGGUCUUUCCUCUUGUGCUUCUCCUUCUUGCUCUUUCUUUAUCUCCUCUCCUUCAAAAUCCCCAUCAUCAAUUCCUCCGCUUUCCGACCCGUACUCGUAGUUUCAAGCUUUUCUUUGAUGUCCUCUUCUUCUUCCUCCUCCUCUUCUUCUUCUUCGUUUCGAGAUUUCAGCCGUUUUCUGUUGCCGGUGAAAAUAGAGGGCCGGGUUUUGUUCCCGGAUCAUGUUUUGGUGUUGGCUAGGAAAAAUGGGGUUUUGGGUACAGAAUUGGAGUGUGUUUAUUACAACAGUGUGGAUAAGGGUACUAAAGAAGAAGAGAAUGUUUUGUCUGUGGAUGAUUAUGAUGAGUCUAGGGUGAUUGUGAGAUGCCCUGUUCCACCCAGGAAUCAUUCAGCUGUUGUGAAUUUGCAGAAAGUUGGGAGGAGAAAGAGGGGUGGGAAGGGGGUUUGGAGGAGUAAUAAUAAUCAUAAUAAAACUGUGAUUUCUUGGGAAAAUGUUGUGUAUACUGCUACAGUGGAUGGGGACACAGCAGUGGUGUUUGUGAAAGGGUUGAAUUUGAGGGCAGAUAGGGAAUCAAAUCCAAGGCAAUUCAGUUGCCAUUUUGGGUUGGGGAGUGGGGGUAAUAAGGAAGGGAGGCUUACACUAAUGACUAGGGCUAUAACAGCAGCUCAGGAGGUUGUGAGGUGUUCAUUACCUUUGAGUGUUAGGAAGGUACCUGAGAAAGCAUUGGGCGUUCGAGUCACGAUUGGGAUGAAGAUUUCUUCGAGCCGAAACCGGGUGCUCUUACCUUCUGUGGCCAAGAUUUCGAGCCUGAAAUCUGAUCAAGGAAGGAAGAAGGGUGGGGGUGGUGGUGGCAAGUAUGAGCUCUGUGUGUGUACCAUGGUUUGGAACCAAGCAUUUGCGUUGCGUGAGUGGAUCAUGUAUCACGCUUGGCUUGGCGUCGAGAGGUGGUUCAUUUAUGACAAUAACAGCAACGAUGGAAUCAAGGAUGUGGUUGAUGAGCUUGAGAUGCAGAACUUUAACGUGACUAGGCAUGUUUGGCCUUGGAUCAAGACUCAGGAAGCCGGGUUCUCACAUUGUGCUCUCAGGGCAAAGAGUGAAUGCAAUUGGGUGUCCUUCAUGGAUGUUGAUGAGUUCUUUUACUUCCCUUAUUCCACCCCACAGCAUCAGAGGUUCCGGCAACUGGGUUAUGCGGGCGAGAAUUCCCUUCGAGAUUUGGUGGCCAACUUCUCUGCAUCAUCGACAGUGGCAGAGAUCAGAACCGCCUGCCACAGCUAUGGCCCCUCCGGGUUGAACUCACCUCCCUCGCAAGGAGUUACUGUGGGGUACACUUGCCGGCUCAAGAGCCCAGAGAGGCACAAGUCAAUUAUCCGCCCGGAUGCUUUGGACACCACACUCCUCAAUGUGGUACACCACUUCCAUUUGAAGAAAGGGUUUCAGUAUCUGAAUUUGCCCCAGGGCACUGCUGUCAUAAACCAUUACAAAUACCAGGUGUGGGAGGUAUUCCGAGCCAAGUUCUUCAGAAGAGUUGCUACCUACGUCGCUGAUUGGCAGGAAAACCAAAAUGAAGGCUCGAGGGAUAGAGCGCCCGGAUUAGGGACAGAGGCCAUUGAGCCACCUAAUUGGCGCUUACAGUUCUGUGAGGUUUGGGAUACUGGACUUCGGGACUUUGUUUUAGCAAACUUUGCUGAUUCUUCAACUGGUUUACUGCCCUGGGAGAGGUCUCCGGUAUGACCUCUGAAUCUCGGGACCUUUAAGCAUCCCUGAACAGAUAAAUCACAAGAAUUAUCAUUCUUUCCUUUCAUUCUUUCACCAUCUUAUAUCACAUUCCUUUUUGUUUUUAUAUACUGGCAGGAUGACACUGUAGUGUAGGAUAGGAAUUUUUUCUUUUUGCAUAUAUCUGUACUUUUGUAACGUUGUGACACGAUAUUUCUAAAAUGUUCUAUCCAUUACCUCUUUUCUUCUG